AUGGCAAUCAUAAGCCGUGUCGUACACCCAUAUCACCGUUCCAUGAUGAUAUGCCAAUGCCAUUUGGGCACCGAAUUUACCCUGAAAUCAAAUGUUAGGACUGUGCUCGCUAACCGCGAGGCAGCCCUGCGAACGAUGGAGGGGGUUAAAUUCUUUCAUGGAUUCGGGGUGUACGACCACGGUUACUUUACUGCUAGGGGAGUAAAACAACCGCAUCAAAAACUGCUUCCAAAUUGCCGUUAUGAGCAGGCGUACAAUCCCGCCGUGCAUAUGCUACGCCGAGGUCUCAAUGAGAAUUCUAUCUUGACGUGGCUAUCUUUUUCGAGAGACUCGGUGUUGGGGUCGGAUGUGAGAGUAGAAUGCGUGGUCAGUGCCGACAAUUGCGGCCAAGUACUCGCUCUCAUGCCCACCUACGGCACGAGGAUGGCGGAACUUUUUCUUUCCGAGGGGCUCCUUGUCCGCAGCAACAAAACUUGGCCGUUUUAUAUUAAUGACACAAUUAUUAAUUAUUUAAACAGAAUCGUGAAUAACAUUGAAAUUCUUUCGACAUGUCAUUUUCACAAUCGUGGAAGUUUAUUGUCUUUGUUAACUACCAUAUACGACCAGGAGAUCGUACUACGGUUUUUUGCGUUUGGCGAAGCACGUUUCCUGGACUCAAAGCGUGUAGCAGCGAUUUUUCCGACGCGGCAAGUUAUUCCUGGGCACAGACGUAAAACUCGACGGGAUGAAAACGGUUUCGUCCGGUUUGCGCCCAGCGAAUGUGGCAUUUUCAACCAGAUAUUGCCAAAAAAAAUCUUUGGAAGAAAUGUUCCAGUUGGGCCAUUC